AUGGAAAAGUCGAAAAGAGAGUUUUGGCCCAUCUUGGUAAUAAUUUUGACCUACAUCUUGGCUGUAUAUUGUUGUAUAAUCGAGCUUUUACUGGACUUUUUCUGCGAUUCUGCGUUUACCGAAAAGUUUAUCAGUUGGAAGAAGAAAGUACAAACUGAAGAUGUGGAAACAAAGGGGCCAAAGUUCGCGCUGGUUACUGGAGCUGAUGGAACUAUUGGAAUCCAUGUAGGUUUGGGAAGAAGUUCGGAAAAAAAUUUAAAGCUGUUCUUGGAAAUUUAAAGCUUUUUAUAUACUCUACAAACUUUAUAAAACAAGUAUAUAAAGUAUUUUAUUUAGAAAAAGUAUCUUUUGUACACGAAAAGUCUUUAAAGUUACCAAGAUUGAACAACAACAUUAUUUUAGGUAACAGAACAUCUUUUAAACCUUGGAUAUGAAGUGAUAGCUCUUGGAAUCAAAGCUCCGGAUUUAGUGCUAACAAAUCCUGAUCAAUUACGGUUCAUUCAAUGUGAUUUACUGCAUGAUGAGUCUUUGAAAAAGGCGUUGGUUGAGUUAGACGAAAUGAAUCUGUCAAACUUGGACUUGGCUGUAUUUGUGGCUGGAGUGAUGUUGCAUGCUCCUUUAGAUGUAAGUUUUUGUUUGUUUCUUUGGAUUUUAGAUGACUGGAAGACCUGUAUGAAUUAUAUUACCUAUCUUAUUGCUUGUUUUUUCAAAAUAUAGUUAGAGUCAUGAAAGUUUGAGUGAUGUUGAUCUAUUUAUGCAGGCACCUAACAAAGUCAAAAAUGCUUUAAGUUUGUCACUUAUUUUAGUGGCACUUUUUUCCGGGGUCUUUGUUUUUUGUCAAAGAUUUUUUCAAAGAUUGUUAUGACCAGGGACGUCGCUACGGAUUUUCUCUGGGGGGGGAGGUCGCAAAAAAAUUUUUCGUCCACAGGUCCUACCUGUGGACCGAUUUUUCAAAAUUUUUAUUUUUCGUUUUUGCACGUACAGGUACAUACCUGUGGAAUUUUUUUCGGAUUGGCUCUGGGGGAGGGGGUACCCCCCCCUCUACCCCUCCCCCAAACGACGUCCCUGGUUAUGACAAAAGUUGAAAAUUCACUUUGAUUAUGGCGUAUUUCAAAAAGAAUUUUAUAUUGUGUUGGUUGAUUAAACACAUAAUCUAAAGUUACACAAAGUUUCACAUUUUUACUCAUUUGUCGAACAAACUUAUGCCAUUCCAAAAGCUAUGUAGUUACAACGGUUAUGUAUUAUAAACCGGCAUUUCAGAAGAAAAACUCAAAAGAUCCGCACUUUGUAAUCAAUUUGUUGUCUCAUGCUAAACUUUUGGAAAAGUUGAGGCCAUUAAUGGAGAAGAGUUCUCGACCAAAUGCAGUUUUUGUGUCUUCAUCGACGAGUCGUCUUGGUGAUACUAGCGAUAUCUUUGUGGAGAGUGGUAGGUUUAUUGCUUAUUAAAGUGGUGUUAUUAGGGAUUGUAAAGGUUGUUUAUGAAUAUUGUGAUAGAAAUGGUUAAUUUUGAGCUUUGUAUAGGUAUUGUGCUAGGAAUUGUAUUCGCUUUAUUAUGUUUUGUAUGGCAUAGUUGACAUAGUUGAUGUUAAAAUGGAUUUUUAAGCAGUAUGAAAUUUCGCAUUGUAAAUGAGGAUUUUUUAAAAGAUCUUAAAUAUAGGGUAAUAUAAUUUGCAUAAAAGAACAAAACAAUAUAAGACUGCCUUCAGAUCACGCCUUUUGCGAAUACAUCAACGGCUACAAGUCCUAUGCCGACUCCAAAUUAGCCGUCAACCUCUAUUGUUGUGGUCUCGCUCAAGUACUAGCUGACGAACAUUCCAAACUUCGAGUGUUCAGUAUUCAUCCAGGAGUAGUACCAGGAGGCCUGUACAGAUAUGUGUUUGGACCGGCUAAGGCUUUGAUCAACAACAUUCUGCCCUUUAUUUUGAGGUAACAUUUUGGUUGACUUCUUUCAAUAGAGAGACUAGUAUGUUUACUAGAGGUACGCAGUAUAAUCACGAUUGCUGUCACGCUUCAAUGGCUAAAAUUCAGCGGGAUAGCAAGCUGAUAAUAAUGAAAUUUAUGCCAUAUUAUGAGCGUAGUAUAGUUUAAAUAACGGCUCAAUUUCAGAACUCCAGACAGAGCUGCAGCUGAGAUAUUGAAUGCCGUAUAUAGUGACACAGUGCAAUCAGGUGACUAUGUUGAAUAUAAUCGGGCAGCCAGCUUUAUGAAUUUCACCGAAAGUCAGCUUCAGAACUUUAUGAAGAAUGUCAGACGAGAGAUUUCUUGA